CAGAUCAAUUCAAGAUAUACAAAGAUAGCAAGUCAGGAUGGCUCGUUUAGACAAUUAUGAUAACCACAAGAGACCUGAGUUAGUCUCAUUCGAUGAUAUCGAUUACGACAACUUCCCCGAUGUUGUCAAGGCCAGAAAAUCAAUGAUGAGGGAAAACAUGAUCAGAACCGAAGAAUUAAAAAUAGCACAUGAAGCUUUACGUAAAUGCGCCGAUUAUCAUAAACAAGAUGGUGACAGAAACUGUAGAGCUUUGGCGUUGAAAUAUAUGAAGAUGCUUGAUGAUUUCAGACCUCAAGGUUACUUGGGCUACCAAAGAAACGAUCCUUCCAAGUAAGUUGUUGGCGGUGGUACUAUUUCCAUAUAAUUUAUCACACUCAACCAUUGUGCUCAUACAGAGAUAACAUUGCCAUAUUUAAAAUUGCAUCUUUUGGGAAAAGCAACAUAUAUAUCACGGAAAGCUCUCCUUUUACAAACGUGUUUUAUUUUACAAACAUAUGUUACUUUCUCCCUGAAUCCACCACUUUACCCCCCCCUUGGUUGUUAUGCCGAAACACACAUAAUGACUCUCACACCAAAAACCUUUCUUUCUAGUCAUGUUAGUUUAUUAUAAUACAUCAAUUACCGUUAA